AGCUUUUGCAUUGGUAAGUCAAACUGCGGAAAUAUAAACGUAGGAGUGAUUCUUGAUCUCGAUACGCCUCUGGAAAGAUGUGCAAGGCUUGCAUAUCGAUGGCAGUCGAGGACAGAAACUCCAACCGUGAUCACAACACCACCGUGAUGAUCGUGCCUCACUUCAGGGACUCGAGGGGCGAUGUCGUUGCAGCAGCUUCUGCUGCUAUCGAUUUGGUGAAGAACGCGCAUGUAAUGGCGAUACUCGGGCCACAGAAGUCCAUUCAGGCGGACCUCGUGACAGAUAUUGGCGACAGGGAGAGAGUUCCGGUCAUAUCUCCAGCAACGAGGCCGUCUUUUUCUCAGGCUAAAGCAAUGGCAGCACUAGUGAAUGCUUUUGGUUGGAGGGAAGUUGUGCUUGUGCAUGAAAAUUCCAAUUAUGGGAGUGGAUUAUUACCACAUUUGACAGCAAAGCUACAAGAAAACAAUGUUGUUGUCUCAAACUUGAGUUGUAUCCCACCUUAUGCUGACGAUGAUCAAGUUCUUGAUGAGCUGUAUAGCUUGAAGGGGAUGCAGACGAGGGUCUUGAUCGUGCACAUGCCUCCAGAUCUCGCGUCUCGCUUCUUCCAAAUGGCGAAAGAAGUUGGGAUGAUGAGUGAAGGGUAUGCUUGGUUGGUUUCUGAUCCGUUAACAAGUUUUCUGACCUCUGUGGAUUCGGUCAGUAUUGAAGCGAUGCAGGGUGUACUAGGCGUUAAGGCCUACGUUCCACGAUCCGAGGAGUUUAGGCGAUUCAGUAAGAGGUUUCACGAGGAGAAUCCUGACAUGGACAGAACAGAACUCAAUGUUUUCGGAUUGUGGGCUUAUGACAGCAUGAAAGUGUUAUCAGAAGCAAUCGAACGAGUUAAAGGAAAUUCAUCUCUUGCUCGUGUGCUCAGAAACUUCGCCUCGGAAGGGUUGAGUGGCGAUUUUAACAUAACCAACGGUCAGCUGCAGCCGUCUGCGUUUGAGGUAGUGAAUGUGAUUGGAAAAGUGGACAACACUGUUGGAUUUUGGACUGAGAAAUAUGGGAUUUCAAAGGAAGUGGAGUUGGAUGGUGAUGAGCCGGUUUACUCAACGGAAAAGGACAAUCUACGAGGCAUCUUGUGGCCGGGACAAACGAGCAACGUGCCUAAAGGCUGGCAGAUUCCAGCAAGUGGGAAGAAGUUGAGAGUUGGAGUUCCUGUGAGAAAGGGAUUCAAUGAAUACAUCAAGGUUGUAAGGAAUCAAGAAACUAAUGCUGUUGAAGCAACUGGUUUCUGCAUUGAUGUUUUUGAAGAAGUUAUCAGAUCAUUGCCUUAUGCUGUUCCAUUUGAGUAUAUUCCUUUGGAAACCACGGAUGCAUGGAGUGUCGAAUAUUACGACGAACUCGUUUAUCAAAUAUAUCUCGACAGAUACGAUGCUGUUGUGGGAGACGUGACCAUUUUAGCGAACAGAACAAAGUAUGUCGAUUUCACCGUCCCUUACACAGAAUCUGGUAUCGCCACUGUCGUUCCGAUCAAGGGUGACGAGCGGAAGAGCGCUUGGAUAUUCAUGAAACCUCUAACGACCGCCCUAUGGCUGACGAUUGGGGCAUCUUUCAUCUUCAUUGGAUGUGUCGUGUGGGUUCUUGAGCAUCGCGUGAACGAGCAUUUCCAAGGCCCGCCUGGGAAGCAAGUCGGGAUGAUCUUCUGGUUCUCUUUCUCAACACUUGUUUAUGCACACAGGGAGAAAGUGAAGAGCAACCUAACAAGAUUUGUGGUGAUUGUAUGUGUGUUCGUGGUGCUUGUUUUGUCGUCGAGUUACACUGCAAACUUGGCAUCCAUGCUAACGAUACAGCAGCUCAAGUCGACCGAUAUGAUCAAGAAAAGCGAUUAUGUUGGCUUCCAUACUGGCUUCUUGACCAGUGGAUUCUCCAACGGUAUACCAUGAUUGACCCGAAACACCUCAGGACUUCUGGCUUCGCAUUUGCGUUUAUAAAGGGUUCGCCACUAGUCCCCGAUUUUUCAACAGCAAUACUGAAUCUCAAGGAGGAUGGGAAGAUCGAUACGAUCACAAGAUGAUGGCUCGGACCAGAAGGCUGCUCGGGUGAUGGCUUGGAAAGCCUUGAUCUGGAUCGUUUUACGGGCUUAUUUCUCAUUGUAGGCUUAGCAUCAUCAACUAUAUUCUUCUCCAUAUUCCUCUAUCGGAAUCAGCAUAUAUUAGCCUCCUCGGGUUCAAUCAAGAAAAAGCUUUGCGAUCUUGCUAGAGCAUUUAUGGUUAAGGAAAAAGAUGAUUCAUCAAAGCAUUCACAAACUAGUGGAGAAAUGGCUUUAGCAUAAGGCCCAUCAAUGGACAAGGAAGAUUCACAGGUAUUUGUUGAGUUUGUUUUUCUUUCAACUCUGCAGUUGAUGGAUUCAUCAAGAUUUUGUUGCGUUUCUAUGCUUAUCUUGAUGAGCUUUUCAUUGUUUUAGU